GUGAACUCCGUCCUGGUUCAGUGUCGGAGCUCAGAGUCCUCUAGCCCCGCUGCGUCUCCUGCUUCUGCCCGGAGAGCGGACUCGUUCGGGAUGGUGUCUAAGUAGCAGCAGCCGGUGGAUUCUCUGAAAACUGUCAGUAAUUGUGGAACAAUAAUGAAUUUACUGCCAUCUAACCCUCACGGGAACGGGCUUCUUUAUGCUGGAUUUAACCAGGAUCACGGAUGCUUCGCUUGUGGCAUGGAAAAUGGAUUUCGAGUGUACAACACAGAUCCCCUCAAAGAGAAAGAGAAGCAAGAGUUCCUGGAAGGUGGGGUUGGCCACGUGGAGAUGCUCUUCAGGUGCAACUACCUGGCACUGGUGGGAGGAGGGAAGAAACCCAAGUAUCCAACUAACAAAGUGAUGAUCUGGGACGAUCUGAAGAAGAAAACCGUCAUUGAGAUCGAGUUCUCUACCGAAGUCAAAGCAGUGAAGCUUCGGCGUGACAGGAUUGUGGUUGUCUUGGACUCAAUGAUCAAAGUGUUCACUUUUACCCACAACCCCCACCAGCUGCACGUGUUCGAGACCUGCUAUAACCCCAAAGGUCUGUGUGUCCUGUGUCCCAACAGCAACAACUCUCUGCUGGCAUUCCCAGGAACUCAUUCGGGCCACGUGCAGAUCGUAGACCUGGCCAACACAGAGAAACCGCCUGUUGACAUCCCCGCCCAUGAGGGGGCGCUGUGCUGCAUCGCUCUCAACCUGCAGGGCACGAGGAUCGCCACAGCGUCAGAAAAAGGGACGCUGAUCCGGAUUUUCGACACCUCUGCAGGGCAGCUCAUCCAGGAGCUGAGACGAGGCUCCCAGGCAGCAAAUAUCUACUGCAUCAACUUUAAUCAGGACGCGUCCCUCAUCUGUGUGUCAAGCGACCACGGAACUGUCCACAUUUUUGCUGCAGAGGACCCCAAAAGAAACAAGCAGUCAAGUUUGGCCUCGGCCAGCUUCCUUCCCAAAUACUUCAGUUCAAAGUGGAGCUUCUCCAAGUUCCAGGUCCCAUCGGGUUCUCCGUGUGUGUGUGCCUUUGGAACAGAACCCAACGCUGUCAUAGCCAUCUGUGCCGACGGCAGCUACUACAAAUUCCUGUUCAACCAGAAGGGGGAGUGCUCCAGGGACGUGUACGCCCAGUUCUUGGAAAUGACCGACGACAAAAUCUGACCCUCGCCGUCGAGCCACACAUUUUGUUUCCUGAUUGUUUCUUUUUGUUAGUUUUUCCUGAGGAAGGGGCGGGAGGUCCACACCUCUCUUUGUCUCCACAGACUCUGACGAGGAGCUUCAGAUGGAGGGAGGACAGGAGCACAAACGUUGAGGAAACUCUCGUGUGUCUCUUCACUCCAGACUAAACCAGAGAGAACUUUAAAACUCGCAGCUGUUUGCAAAGUCUUCCGAGGAUUCACAAAAUAUUUUUAAUCUCACAGAUGAUCAAAAUGUUCAGAUUAUUCAGCUAACACCGGACCACAGGGAGUGCCUCUGCUCAAACCAACAUCAGAACCAACCUGAAGGAGCAGGUUCUGACCCGGUGCUGUGAAGCGUCGCCUCAGUUGUGUAGAUCCGUGCGUCCGCGGACUGACUGUCUAGCCACUCG